UCCAGCAAAAGGUCAAAAACCAUAAAACAAAACAGAGUAAACGCAAAAGAAAAAAAAAAAUGGCAGGUCAUGGAUCAUCUUGUGGAGCAUGCAAGUUCCUAAGGAGGAAAUGCAACCGCGACUGUGUCUUCUCGCCUUACUUCAGCUACGAACAAGCCUCUUCCCAUUUCGCAGCGGUCCACAAAGUCUUUGGCGCAAGCAAUGUCUCUAAACAUUUGCUUCAUUUGCCUCUACAUCAAAGAAGCGUCGCUGCUAUCACCAUCUCCUACGAGGCUCUCUCUCGCAUGCAUGAUCCUGUUUAUGGCUGCGUUGCUCACAUCUUCGCUCUUCAUCAACAGGUCGUGACAUUGCAAGAGGAAAUUGAGUUUCUUGGAUCACAGAUGACGAAUUUCUCAUACUCUACUCAAAAUGGAUCACAACUUAACAACAUACCGGAGUUUGUGAAUCAGAUGACAGUGGAUACCACCAAUUUCGUCGACGAGAGUGUUUUGAACAAUGACGACGGAAGAAACUGCCUUGAUGGGUUCUUCACGAACUCAGAGGAAAUGCUCGUGAAUCAUCAAUGGCUUCAGAACAUGGAUUAUUAUUACUACGCACCACAAAAUUAGACCCGAACAGAAAUGAUAGAUCCAUAAAAGAAUGCUAUAUAUGAUAAAAUCUGAUUUUUGUU